ACAUCACUUCCAAAUAAGCAGAGUCAUUUCACGUGCCAGAAUGUGAGCAAGACUAUAAAACAAGACGAUAUCUCCCAGCUACUCAUCAGUUCCCGAGCGCAGUUCACACACAGAAGUCGCAGAAGACAAGUCAAAUCUUCAGAAGCCAAAGUAUACCAAGCAGCAAACAUGAGAGUUUUCAGCAAGGUUAAUGUCGUGUUGAGAGUUUGCACACGAAAUUAUGGAUUCACAGCGAUUCGACGGGACUAUGACCCUGAAGCCGUAGAAAAACUCCGCGGAUCUCUAAAGAUUGAGCAAACUUUAGCAAGACGAGGAGCAGAGAGGCUUUGGGAGCUGAUUAAUCGAGGAGAAGACUCUUAUGUGAACGCUCUCGGCGCCAUGACAGGCGGUCAAGCAGUUCAGAUGGCCAAGGCCGGUUUACAAUCCAUUUACCUCAGCGGCUGGCAAGUAGCGGCAGACAGUAACAUGGCUGGACAGACAUACCCUGAUCAGAGUUUGUAUCCUGCCAACUCAGCUGCUAAACUUGUUGAACGAAUCAACAAUGCCUUCAUUAGAGCGGAUCAGAUAGCUCACAUGGAAGGAUCUGAUAAACACAUUGACUUCUUUUUGCCCAUUGUUGCCGAUUGCGAGGCUGGAUUUGGUGGGCCGCUGAACGCCUUUGAACUCACCAAAUCAAUGAUUUGUGCUGGCGCAGCUGGCGUCCAUUUUGAAGAUCAACUGGCAUCAGAAAAGAAGUGUGGUCACAUGGGAGGCAAAGUUCUUCUUCCAACACAACAGUUCAUCAAGGUCCUCAACGCUGCUCGUCUAGCUACUGACGUCAUGGAUGUUCCCACUGUUAUCAUUGGACGAACAGAUGCCGAGUCAGCAGCCCUGGUCACGUCAGAUAUUGAUCCACGUGACCAGCCAUUCCUGACUGGUGAAAGAACUCCCGAAGGAUUCUAUCGCUCAACUGCAGGUUUACAACAAGCCAUCGCUCGAGGACUAAGCUAUGCUCCAUACUGCGACGUGAUUUGGUGCGAGACAGGCAAACCUGACUUGGAAGAAGCUCACAUGUUUGCUGACGGAAUCCAUUCUGUGUUCCCAGGCAAACCGCUUGCCUACAACUGCUCUCCUUCCUUCAACUGGAAAGCCAACCUCAGCGAUAAAGAGAUCGCUGUAUUUCAGAAAGAACUCGGUAAAAUGGGCUACAAAUAUCAGUUCAUUACCUUGGCUGGUUUCCACUCGCUCAACCACGCCAUGUUCAAGCUUGCACGUGACUACAGAGAUCACGGUAUGUCUGCCUACACCAAGGUACAAGAAGACGAGUUUGCGCAGGCGCAGUUCGGCUUCACGGCACACAAACAUCAGAGGGAGGUAGGCACGGGAUAUUUUGACCAAGUGAGUAUGGCGAUCAGCGGAGGAACAAGUUCGACAACAGCGUUAGAAGGAUCAACAGAACAAGAACAAUUCACUGAAAAAAACUCGGACUUGGAAAAGUUUUCCGUUCACCAUUAACAACAUAACUUACACGCUCGAUGAAAGAAAAAUCAUUGACAUCAAUUAACCUAAAUAACCUAAGUGAAUGUACAUAAAAAAAGGUUAAUCAAUACGAAAUUUAGCUUGUUUGACAACAAAAAUAGAUUGAACUAAUAUAAAAGAUUGUAAUUAGCGAAUAUGUACAUAGCACAGCGAAAGCGACGCUAAGAUGCUUGCAAAAGCUAUUUAUUUGUUGGUAAAAGAUACCUUUUUGAGAUAAAUAAGAGUGUUUGAAAAAUAUAAGUAAUAUAUUGAAAAACAAGAGAAAAAAUCUCUCAUUGAUUAAAGACAUUUUUGAGUGUGCAUUUGUAGAAAGUUCAAUAUUGAUCAUGUUGAUUAACGCGUCCAUGUAAUUUAAAAAACCAUUGAUAUGUGUCUGGCGGAAGUAUUAUUUUAUGCGCUAAUUUAUUUGAAGAAGAGUCUAUCAAUAAAAUGGAAAAAUUUGCUUAAA